GGGCACCAUGACUCCACCACCCUCUUAAAUCCCCUCACCUGCCAACCUAACCACCCCCUAAGCCCAAUAUCUUCUGCCUUAAAUAUACCUUGUCCCUCCUCCCAAAUCCUCCAUCACUUCUUUCUUCAUGGCUUCCGAUCAUCUAAUGUGGACGCCAAGGUUUCUACUGGUGCUGGUUUUCUUAUCGUUCCCAUAUUAUGCUCAGUGUGGAAGUAUCAGCAACACGAUACAGUCCGAGUGUUUGAAAGUUCCCAACUCGGAGUUUGGCGGGUCGAUCAUCAACACCAUUAAUGUUUUGCAGCAGGUGGUGUCUAUUCUCUCCGACGUUGCUAAGGGUUUUGGGGAUUUCCGGCUUUCGAAUGCCGUCGACGACUGUCUGGAGUUGAUGGAUGACUCGACUGAUCAGUUGAGCUGGACUCUCUCUGCUACCCAGAAUAAGAAUGGUAAACAUAACAGCACUGGGAAUUUAAGUUCUGAUCUGAGAACAUGGCUGAGUGCUACACUGGUUAAUCAAGACACAUGCAAUGAAGGACUUGAUGGCACCAACAGCAUUGUCAAAAGUUUGGUGUCCGGUAGCCUGAAUCAAAUAACAUCCUUGGUUCUAGAACUACUCGGCCAAGUGCACCCAACUUCUGAUCAGCACGAGUCAUCAAAUGGCCAAACUCCGGCGUGGUUUAAAGCCGAGGACCGCAAACUUCUACAAGCAAAUGGAGUGCCUGUGGACGUUGUGGUAGCUCAGGAUGGAACCGGGAACUUCACAAACAUCACCGCCGCGAUUCUUUCGGCACCGGAUUACAGCUUGAAGCGCUAUGUGAUUUACGUCAAGAAAGGGCUGUAUAAGGAGUAUGUGGAAAUCAAGAAGAAGAAAUGGAACAUAAUGAUGAUCGGAGAUGGCAUGGAUGCUACUGUGAUCAGUGGGAAUCACAAUUUUGUGGAUGGUUGGACCACAUUUCGCUCUGCAACUUUUGCUGUUAGUGGCAGAGGAUUCAUAGCGCGCGAUAUCACAUUCGAGAACACAGCAGGACCGGAGAAGCACAUGGCGGUGGCGCUACGAUCGGACUCGGACCUCUCGGCGUUUUACCGGUGUGAGUUUCGGGGAUAUCAGGACACAUUAUACACGCACUCUAUGCGCCAGUUCUACCGAGACUGCAAAAUCAGCGGCACUGUUGAUUUCAUCUUCGGUGACGGCACUGUUAUAUUCCAAAACUGCCAAAUCCUAGCCAGAAAAGCCUUGCCAAACCAAAAGAACAGCAUCACAGCCCAUGGCCGGAAGUACAAAGAUGAGCCGACCGGCUUUUCGUUCCAAUUCUGCAACAUUUCUGCACAUCCGGACUUGUUAGCCACCCCAGUUAACUCUAGCACACCUACAUACCUUGGUAGACCAUGGAAGGAAUAUUCCAGAACUAUAAUCAUGCAGUCCUUCAUGAGCAAUAUCAUAAAGCCUGCAGGGUGGCUAGAGUGGAACGGUGACAUGUUUUUGAAAACAUUGUUCUAUGGAGAGUACAUGAAUUAUGGCCCUGGAGCGGGACUGGGAAGCCGGGUUACCUGGCCGGGAUAUCAAAAGUUUAACCAGUCCGGUCAGGCCAAGAACUAUACAGUGGCCGAGUUUAUUGAAGGAAACCUGUGGUUGCCCUCUACUGGUGUCAAAUAUACUUCAGGCUUUGGGGUUUAAUAAGGAUUCAAGCAGUUGAUGAUAUAGAGUUUCACGGUUGAACCUAAAUCAUUUGUCCUCAAACCAAUUUUUUUUACAUCUUUACAGCAGUAAUAAGUAAUCGAGUGUCGUAUAUAGGGUUUUGUUAUGUUGGCAUCAUCAUGUUUUGUGUUGCAUUCUAUGCCUAAUUAAACUAUGCCGCGCAUUGGUGUUGUUUGAAAUUAAUGUCCACAGUUUGCGACUUUGCAAAUACGUUUUCAUGUUAAAUCAUAGAGAACAAUAAGUGCCUAUCAAUAAGUGCAUUCUUUCU